AUGCGAGGGUGGCAAGGACAGCCCCUGUGGGGAGAUGAUCCCCGCAGCGUCAGCAAUUGGUUUUUUUUUCCUGGCUCGUUUGUGCACAGAAUGAAGAUGUUUCUAAUUUUGCUUCUGGUUACUCUUGGAGCACAGACUUCUGCAGUACAGAGACCUGCCCCUGAAUCUGCAGAUAUCGUCCUUUUGAUCGACAGCUCUGACGCCCUUGGGAGAAGGGCUUUUCCAGUUGUGAAAUCCUUCGUUAACAGAAUCAUCAACAGUCUCCCAAUUGGCCCAAACAGGUAUCGAAUUGCGCUUGUGCAAUACAGCGAUGACGUGAAGGUUGAAUUCCACCUGGAUGACUAUAAAGCAAAGAACCCCAUGCUGAACCAACUCAAAAAGGUUUCGUUCAAAGGUGGACCUUUAAGGACCGGGAAUGCCAUACGAAGGGUCCACGAGACUUUUUUCAGAAGCCCGAGAAAAGACAGGAGCCAGAUUCUGGUGGUCACGACUUCAGCGGCGUCGGUUGAUCCCGUGGAAGAAGCAGCAAGCCGAUUGAGAUGGGAAGGGGUAAAAAUAAUAGCGUUAGGAAUCCAGGAGGCGGUGCCUCAAGAGCUGCAGUCAGUAGCUACCCCUCCGUUCCACUAUAAGUUUGAUACACCGAGGGAUCUCCUAGCGUUUUCUCAAAACAUGCCUGAAGUUAUUGGAAAGGCUGUACAAAUUGAGAUUCUCACGGUCACGCUAACGCCUGCACCUCCAAUUGUGACAGGAAAUGUAACAGGAACCGUUGGUCCUGUAUCUCCAGAAGCUCUGACGUGCCGUGAGGACUCGGUUGCAGACAUCGCAUUUAUUGUGGAUGAGGCUGUUUCACAGGCGGAUGCUGGACAUAUCAGAGAAUUCUUGCAGAACACAGUAAACUCUCUCGACGUGAAAGAAGCCUGCAUAAGGAUGGGCAUCGUGGCGUACAGCACGGAGGCCAAAGUAUUAACUUCUCUGAGAGACGAAACGAAGAAAACGGACAUUCUUCAGAAAAUUAGGAGCUUUUCCGCUAAAGAAGGGAAAUCUCAUUUGGGUGCUGCCAUUAAUAUUACCACAAAACGUGUUUUUGCCGCAAUGAGGAGUGCACAGCGAGUAGCCACCAUUAUCACCCACAGGCCCUCGGAUGAUGAUAUAAGAGACGCAGCUUCUCUCAUUAGCAGGGCUGGUGUGACUGUCUUUGCCAUCGGCCUUGAAGGAUCGGAUGCCGCUCAGUUAGCUCAGAUUGUGUCAUCUCCGCCAGAAUCGAAUAUUAUCAAGCUGAAACAAUUUUCCGAACUGCCCGAAGAGCACAAGACAUUUCACAAGAAACUCUUCAACCAAAUAAAAGACAAACUCUAUAUCCAACCUCAAAGGAAAAUACAGCUCAAAUCAGGAUGCAUGGAGACAGAAAGGGCUGAUAUUUAUUUUCUCCUUGAUGACUCUUCAAGCAUUCAUGUCAAUGAGUUCGAUAAAAUGAAGACUUUUCUGAAGGAAGCUAUUAAGAUGUUUACUAUAGGACCUGAUAGUGUUCGAUUUGGAGUUGUGCAAUAUUCAGAAAAUACUAUCUUACCAAUUAGACUUGGUCAGCACACCACCCGCAUCAGCUUGGAAAAAGAAAUGAAUAAUAUCAGACAUAGAGCACUACCAGAAACAAAUACAGGAGCAGCUAUAAAUUUCACACGGCCAUUGUUUAAGGACGCGAGACAACAGUGUCGCGGGAACGUUCCCUGCUAUCUCAUUGUGCUGACGGAUGGAGAAGCACGUGAUGACGUGAAGGUAGCUGCUCAGCUGCUGAGAAAUGCAAAUGUCAGCGUUUACGCCAUUGGAGUGAAAGAUGCCAACGAAGAAGAGUUGUUUCAUAUUGCGGGCUCAAUAUCAAGGGUUUACUUUGUGCAACAGUUCGAAGCCUUGGAAGAAAUAAAAAAUCUUGUUGUUCGGGACAUAUGCAAUGAAAAGGCCUGUGAGGAGAGGAAGGUUGAUGUCAUGUUCCUAGUGGACAGCUCUGGUAGCAUAAGCCCUGAUGACUUUGCAAAAAUGCAGAACUUCAUGACAGAUUUUGUGAAUAAAUCUAACAUUGGCCCAGAACAAAUGUGCGUUGGUGCUGUGCAGUUCAGCGGCACAACCAAAGAAAAGUUCCCCCUCAAUAGGUACUUGACAAAGAAUGAUAUCAUUGAUGCUAUUGGGAGUAUGUCUCUUAUUGGAGCUAACACACUCACUGGAGAAGCACUGGUAUUUAUUUCCGAAUAUUUUGAGGCUGCCAAAGGGGCACGGCCUGGCGUCCACAAAGUUCUCAUCCUGAUCACCGAUGGGGAAGCACAAGAUGAGGUGAAAACUCCAGCCACAGCCCUGAGAGAUAAAGGCAUCACAAUCUACUCAGUUGGCGUUUUCAAUGCCAAUAAAACUCAGCUCGAAGAGAUCAGUGGGAAACCGGAAAGGGUGUUUUACGUGGAGAACUUUGACGUUUUGAAUAAGGUACAGGAUGAGCUCAGGUUUGGUGUGUGCAAUCCUGAAGAGGAGUGCAAAAGGCUAGAGCGUUUGGAUAUAGUAUUCGUAAUUGAUAGUUCUGGCAGCAUUGGUUGGGAAAACUAUAAUCUCAUGAAGAAUUUCAUGAUUGGCAUCGUGAAUAAAUCUGAUGUUGGCAAGGAGCUUGUUCAGUUCGGAGCUCUCAAAUAUUCAGAUGAUCCACACGUGCUGUUUGAUCUCGGUAACCACAGUACACAAUCAGCAGUCAUUGAAGCAAUCAAGAAUGACACACAUUUAGGAGGCAAUACAUACACAGCUGAGGCUCUUGAAUAUUCAAAAGAUCUUUUCACUGAGGCACGGGGCAGCCGCAAACACAGGGGCGUUUCCCAAAUUCUCAUGGUCAUAACCGAUGGUAAAUCCCACGAUACAGAAAGACUUGAUGAAGUGUCUAAAAAACUCAGGGGUGAUAAAAUUACUAUCAUGGCCAUUGGGAUAAAAGAGGCCAAUCCUGCUGAACUUCUGACUAUGGCUGGAUCAAAAGAAAACAUGUAUUUUGUGGACACAUUCGAAGGACUGCAAAACAUAUCCUCGAAAUUAUCAGAUAAUCUAUGCAACAAUUCAAAGCCAGAAUGUGAAAUCCAAGCUGAUCUUGUUUUCCUGAUUGAUGGUUCCAAAAGUAUACACCAAGAUAACUUUGAGAAGAUGAAGGUCUUCCUGAAAAAGCUGCUUGAUUUAAUUGAUUAUAAUGACAAUGUGCGAGUUGGUAUGGCCCAAUUUGGUGACCGAUAUAAAGAAGAAUUUGGUCUGGGCGCUUAUCAGAACAAACCAGAACUUCAAGAAAAAAUCAUUAAUGUUACAAUGAUGAAAAGUGAUAGUACAUACAUUGGAGAGGCUCUCAAAGAAGUGAAGGCCUUCUUCAACUCCACAAGACGCAGAAUACGUAGACACGUCAUGCCCAAGUUGCUGCUAAUCACAGAUGGAAAAUCACGUGACCCUGUUGCUGACAAUGCAAGAGCCCUGACUGCCGAUGGUGUCGAGAUUCACACUAUUGGAGUGGGAAAGGUUGACCGGGCAAGACUAAUGGAGAUCACUGAUGACUCAGACAGGAUAUACUCUGUGAAGAAUUUCACAGAUCUGCCAAAUAUUCUAACUCGCGUAACUAAGGAAAUGUGUAAAGAUAAAAGUGAAACAAUAUGUUUUAUGGAUGUCGUUAUUGGAUUCGAUAUCUCAUCUCAGAAAGCAGGAGAUCAUAUUUUCAAUGAGCAGCGCCUUUUGGAGACUUAUCUCCCUGAUAUUUUAAAAGACUUUACAUCUUAUGGGGCUGUGAGUUGUAACAAAGGAACGAAAACACAGUUCAGUGUGGCAAAUCUAAUAGAAAAUACAGACACACCUUUCCUGCGGACUCUCCAAGUUGACCAUGAAAAAAUCCUAGAGGAUCUCCGGAAAGUCAGGCUGAAUGGCCCAUCGUAUCUCAAUGUCAAAUUCCUAGACAGCCUUUGGAAUGUAUUUGAAAAUGUAUCUGGUAAUCACAUGCGAAGCCAGGUUUUGCUUGUUUUCUCCGAUGGCUUGGAUGCUGACAAAGAAGUACUUAAAAAGAAAUCGGAAGAACUUCGGGGGAAAGGACUGGAUGGAAUAAUAACAGUGGCUCUGGAAGGAGUUACCAACUUUCCUGAUCUUCUGGAUAUUGAAUUUGGAAAGGGAUUUGGAUAUAACAAGCAAUUAAGUAUGGGUACACAAAAUAUUGCCAACAGGCUGUUUGCCUUUGUGAUGCAAAUUGCUGAAAGAACAUGCUGCUGCAAAUUCUGUUCGUGUAUGCAAGAGGAAGGGCCCCGUGGACCAAAAGGGAAAAUUGGAUCACAGGGAUUAACUGGUUUGCCCGGCCAUCGGGGAUAUAUAGGAGAGGAUGGAGAGCCAGGUUCCAGAGGAUUCCCUGGGCUGGAGGGACCCCAAGGCUAUAGGGGAGACCCAGGCAGUCGAGGAAUGAAGGGGCUACAAGGCCGAACUGGAAGAAAGGGAGAGAAAGGGGAUGAUGGACUUGAUGGAAUUCUAGGAGAAGAGGGAUCACUUGGACUCCCAGGACACAAAGGAGAGAAAGGGGAUGCAGGCCUGCAGGGCAGCCCAGGACCAAAUGGACUUCCUGGUGAUGAUGGUCAGAAAGGCUUCCAGGGAGAUCCUGGAGAUUCUGGAGUGGACGAUGAUGUAAAAGGAGCAAAAGGUUACAAAGGUUUACAAGGGAGCAGGGGAGAAAAAGGAUCACAAGGUUUUACAGGCGAGAAUGGAUCUCCAGGAAGCGGUGGACCAGAGGGAAAAAGAGGACUUCCAGGCCCACCGGGGACAAAAGGAAACCCUGGUCCUAGAGGUUUAGAAGGAAGACAAGGCUUUGAAGGUCAACGGGGGACAAGUGGCAUUCCUGGUGAGAAAGGAGAGAAAGGACAUUCAGGAAACAAAGGUCUUCCGGGAAACUUGGGGAUCCCAGGCCCUAAAGGAAAUCAAGGGAAACCUGGACUAAGAGGAAAUGAGGGAGAACCUGGGGAUCCUGGAACGAAAGGACCAGCCGGCCCCCGUGGUCCACAAGGAAUGAGGGGGGAUGAGGGAAUUCCUGGAUAUGGUGCAGAAGGAAAGAAAGGAUCAAAGGGAGAAGAAGGCUUCCCAGGAGAAAUUGGAAUGCAGGGUGAAUGUGGAAACCCAGGACCUCCUGGGGAACCAGGACCAAAAGGCAUUAGGGGAAGAAUGGGUACUCCAGGAUUAAAAGGUGAGCCGGGUGGCCCAGGAGCAUGGGGUCCUCCAGGACGUCCGGGUCCAAAAGGCGAGAAGGGUCUGUCCUCAUUUUCGCCUUGUGAGCUCACUGAGUAUCUGCGUGAACACAGCCCUUGUUGGAGGGGAACAUUGGAGUGCCCGGUAUAUCCGACAGACUUAGUAUUUGCCUUGGAUGUAUCUCAAGAUACGACACCCCAGAUAUUUGAGCAGAUGAGAGAGAUGGUCAUAGCAGUUGUGAACAAAACCCAAAUAAGGGAAAGCAACUGCCCAGUGGGAGCCAGAGUCGCCGUUGUGUCCUACAGCUCUGAUACCCACUAUCUGAUCCGCUUCUCGGACUUCCACAACAAGCAACGUUUGCUGCAGGAGCUAACUCAGCUUUCUUACCGGAGGUCAACGAGCAGGCGUGACACUGGCGCGUCCAUGAGGUUCGUUGCCAGGAAUGUUUUCAAGAGAACUCUCCCAGGUGCUAACAUGAGAAAAGUUGCUGUCUUCUUCAGCAACGGCCAAUCUGACAAUGGAGAUUCUCUCAGCACAGCAGUCCUGGAGUUCAGUGCGUUCAACAUCCACCCAGUGGUCAUUGCUUUUAAAAAUAUCCCUAGCAUCAAUCGUGCUUUUUUGAUAGAUGACACAAGACUGUUUCAAGUUAUCAAUAUUCAACCUGAGAGCGAUUAUACUCCGGCCUUAAAAAAACUUCAGUCGUGUGUACUUUGCUAUGACAAAUGCAAACCAGAUAACUCUUGCAUCCGCGCCGAAACCCUCCGUCCUAGGGGCUACGUGGACGCCGCUUUCCUUUUGGAAAAUUCAAGGAAAAUAAGCCCGGUUGAAUUUCAGAAACUGAAAGAUUUUCUAAGCGCAGCGCUCGACAGCUUUGACAUCUCUGCGGAACCAGAGACCUCUUUGACAGGGGACAGGGUGGCUGUGUUGAGCCAUGCUCCUCCAGAAUUCAGGCCCAAAACCCAGAGGAGCCCAGUAGAGAUCGAGUUUGACUUUUUGACUUAUGGCAGUAAAAUACGAAUGAAGAGACACAUCCAGGAGUCUAUCCAGCAGCUAAAUGGAGCGGCUGCUGUUGGCCAUGCCAUACAGUGGACCGUUAGCAACAUCUUUACUGAAGCACCCAACCAGAGAAAAUACAAGGCUAUCUUUGUUGUUUCUGUUGGAGGAACAAGUCAAUGGGACAAGGAAGUGCUGAGGGAUGCAGCUCUGAGAGCCAAGUGCCUGGGCUACGCACUCUUUGUGCUUUCAUUGGGGGAUGAAUAUGACGAUGUGGAAAUUGAAGAACUAGCAAGCCCGCCCCUGGAACAUCACUUGGUGCAGCUUGGACGAAUUCACAAGGCUGAACUUGGAUAUGCAGUGAAGUUUCUGAAGCCAUUUGUACGCCUCCUUAAGAGUGAAAUGAACAAGUAUCCGCAAGCACAGCUCAAGAGAAAAUGUACAAGCAUUAGCGAACAAAGGCCUCUGUAUGGUCCACCCAAGCGCAUUUUUGCUGUUGACAACACUAUGUCAAACGGAGCUAUGCUUCUAGAUGCCGAAUCUGCUUUUUUGGAGCCCACACCAUAUGAUUUCGUAACCCCUGGAAAUCCCUUCAGCAGUGGACAGCAGAUCAUUGUACCUGGAAAUUAGCAACGUGUUUGGGUUGGAAACUAUGCCUCUGCAGCAACUUGUGAAGUACUGCACUCCCAUUUCUAUUGCCGUCGUUGCUAAUGACUUUGCUCAUUGAUUCAUUUGUUCAGGAACUGAUAACAAAUCUCUAUUAAAAACAAAGACAAAUUGAAGACAAUUUUGGGAGGGUGCAAAGUGAUGGUUCUGACAAGACAGGCUGAAGAAUGAAGUACGGUAUGUUUUCAUGUACAUUAGAAGGUUUUCAUCUGUGAAUCCACCUCCUGCUUGUUUUGAAUUUCCUUUAGAAGAGUGAAAAUAACGGAGCGUAGAAGCCACAGUUACUUUGUUGUUUCCAGAGGUUUUCUGGCUUUUAGCCUAAUAAAUGCACAAACUGAUGUGCUGUAUUUUGUAGUUGGGAGCUUGCUAACCUAUUCAGCACUGUUGAGUUUGCUAUAUGGAAUAUGUCCAUACUUGCAAGUGUCUCUUAGCUAUGACGUCAUCAGUGAUAGUUCCCUCUUUCCCACUUGCGGAGACCUGAACCAUUUGUAAUAACUCUUCUUAAAAGUUUGUUUUGUUUCCUAAUUGAGUUUCUUAGUGUCCUUGGAUAGCUGUGCUCUCUGAUGACAGUCCAGCCCCAAACCUUUUUUUGAAUGCUAAUCUGAUGUUGUGAUGCAAUAGCAGUGAAAGGUUGCAUUUUUGUACGGCAGGUUCUUUAAUUUUGUGCUAAUUUUGUACAUGGGAUGGUAUGAUGUUGUGUGGCAUCUCAGCAAUAAUCUCUGGAGAUUUGCUCAUUUCACUGUGACACUCGUUUCUAAUCUGCACUUUGGACUUGAGGUAGCAGGGGGAACGCAUGCCAUCUCUGUGUGCCGUGCAAGUGUCCAACUGGCUGAGUCAGCAGACUGAAACCUUGUCCCCCAUCAGGGAUCCCCCUUUCGUUCUAUCCCAGAUAGCUCAGUGGUUGUGGGUUGUAAAGGGGCUACAAAUCGAUGCAAGAAUGUGUGCAAAUAAAGUUGAUCUCGGAAUCAAAACGGGUGAAAUUA